CAUUGCCUGCGCGGGGGACGGAAGCGGACCAUAGACCUGCUCCAAGUCAGUCUCUCCACCGAAGAGCUGUAACGGAGUUGACGGAGCCUACCGCGCCACCCGCCGACGACUCGACACUCGAAGGUACUCGGAUCGGCCGGCCGAUACAAGACUGGGAGCACCAUGACAUGGCGGCACGAUCGGAUCGGGACCGCCGGAUCCACGAUCGUAUCCCGAUGGCAACGGAACGGCAUGUGCAGCCGGAUAGAAUGAGCACUGUUGUGUACUUGGUGCUCUUCUCACUAGCAGUGAUCGGCCUCGUCAUGGCCAAACUCGCUGCGGAUACUUUUCUUCCCCAAAUCGACCUGAGGUUAUCAUUCCCAUCUCUAGGGUCUAUCUUAGGCGGCAAUCCCAAAGCUUCUGUAGCCCAAUCAUCACCACCCUCAGGUUCUUGGUUCAAGACAGCCACCGAGACCGCUGCCAUUGUUAUCAAAACCAUCAUUGCCACCCUUGGUGGCAAGUACAUGAUCACCAACGGGUCUCAGUGCCUCGUCGACUUCUUUCCUGCAGGAUCUGUGCCGCGGUCCCUCUUGGAAAACAACACGUUGAGGCAGACCCUUACGCUUCUCAGCUACUUCACUCUUCCCACCGCAACAUCAGCGACAGUCUCCUCAGUUGUCCCAGGCGGCUUCUGCGACCCAAAGGCCAACAUUCCCCGGUUCUGGCCGCCUCGAACACGGGAUGAUAUCAAAGCAAUACUAGACGGAUGGGCCGGCCUCGCAGGUCUUCACUUGAAGACAGGCGGCAGCAUGACGCAGAUGUCCAAGUGGAAAUGGACUUUUGGAAGAGCUUUCAUGUGGUUGUUGGGGAUCGGCACGUGGACGACAGUCGAGAUAUACUUUGGACCAUGCUGGUAUUAUCCUCUAGCGUGGAGAUUCUGGUUUACGAUAAUGUCAGCCUCUUUGGUCUCAUGGGUACUUGGCAAUGCGAAGAGAUUGCUAGUGAGGGAAUGGGCGUCGGUGGGACUGGUGCACCUAGAGUUGAUGGCGUAUCUUGCGGUCUUUCACUUGGCCAGGCAGGCAGACUUGGAUGGAUUCUGCUCGAAAGCGGACUGUUGGUAAACUGCAGUCUUCUGGGUGUGUACUAUUAAGUCGAUUUUUGCGUUCUUGAUCGAUUCUCCGUUGUUUUUGUGACUUUCAUACAAAUAAUCAGGCACUUUGCCCUAGAUAUCCCACCAUUGGCUUGACGUCUUGUUCAUACCUCACUGUAUCCCGAUCUUGCCAACCGUGGCCCUGAAAUGUGUCCGUCUGACAAUUUCCUCGCUUCGGAUGAUGCGUCGUCCC